UUAGGCUGUAACACUGAGCCCAGCCUCCUUCUCCACCCCCACCCCCUCCCACCACGCUCAACCCCCUCCCUCCCCGCCACCACUGUCCGCGAUCGCCCGGCAUCAGGGAAGGAAGAAAGGAGCGCAGGAGGCGGAGGCAUGGAUCCACAGCCCCCUCCACCUGCCCAGGGCAGCCCACCUCACCGUGACCGUGACCGUGGCCGUGGCCGUGGCCGAGGCCGAGGCCGUGGCCGUGGCCGUGGUCGUGGCAGAGGCGGUGCUGGAGCCCCUAGGGCGCCUCUCCCCUGCCCCACCUGUGGUCGCCUCUUCCGCUUCCCUUACUACCUGUCUCGACACAGGCUGAGCCACUCGGGCCUCCGGCCCCAUGCCUGCCCCCUGUGCCCCAAAGCUUUCCGCAGGCCUGCUCACCUGUCCCGCCACCUUCGUGGCCACGGGCCCCAGCCCCCGCUGCGCUGCGCUGCCUGCCCACGCACCUUCCCGGAGCCAGCCCAGCUCAGGCGCCACCUGGCCCAGGAGCACGCGGGUGGCGAGGUGGAUCAGUCCACGCAGAGGGCAGUGAAGGAGGAGCCCGAGGCCAGUUGGGGUCCGCAAGACGAGGGCGUGGAGCAGUCCGCCGCUGUGGCCGGGGCUGCGGAGGAAGCGACCACACAGUGGCCGGAGACGUGGCCUGCAGGGGACCUGGCUCCUGAGGCUGUCCCUACGAGUGUGGAUCCUCGGGAAUCGGAGGCCGAGGAGGCUGAGGCCGGAGCAGCGGACCUAAGGGCCGAGUUGGCACUGGCCGCGGGGCGACAGGAGGAGAAACAGGUCCUCCUCCAGGCCGACUGGACGCUGCUGUGUCUCCGCUGUCGCGAAGCCUUUGCCACCAAGGGGGAGCUCAAAGCCCACCCGUGUCUGCGCCCCGAGGGCGAACAGGAGGGCGAAGGGGGACCCCCGCCCCGCCCCAAGCGACACCAGUGUUCCAUCUGCCUCAAGGCUUUCGCCAGGCCCUGGUCCCUGUCGCGUCACCGGCUAGUCCACUCCACCGAUCGGCCUUUUGUGUGUCCAGACUGCGGCCUGGCCUUCCGCCUGGCCUCCUACCUCCGCCAGCACCGCCGCGUCCAUGGCCCACUCAGCCUGCUGGCCCCAUUACCGGGGGCUGGCAAGAAGGACGACAAGGCCUCAGGUGGAAGGAACUCAGGGAAAGGGCCCGAGGGGAGCGAAGGGGCAGAAUGUGGGGGUGCAUCGGAAGGGGGCGAAGGUGGGCAGAAUGGAGGAGAUGCCACCCCAGCCCGGCCUCCAGCGGGGGAGCCACGUUUCUGGUGUCCGGAAUGUGGCAAGGGUUUCCGACGCCGGGCACACCUACGCCAGCACGGGGUCACCCACUCCGGGGCACGCCCUUUCCAGUGCGUGCGCUGCCAGAGGGAGUUCAAGCGACUGGCGGACCUGGCCCGCCACGCUCAAGUCCACGCUGGGGGUCCCGCCCCGCAUCCGUGCCCGCGAUGUCCACGCCGCUUCUCCCGCGCUUACAGCCUCCUGCGCCACCAACGCUGCCACCGAGCCGAGCUGGAACGGGCAGAACUGGAGAGGGCUGCAGCGCUGCAGGAACUCCAGACCGAGGCCUCACAGACACCCCAGCCUCUGCAGUCGCUUAAGCAGGAGGCAGAAGGGCUCCCUCUGCCCAUCGCCUACAUCAAGGAAGAACCACCCUCACCUGGCACCCCACCUCAGUCCCCGCCGCCUCCGCCUGUCUUUCUCAGCGCCUCCUGUUUUGACAGCCAAGACCAUUCAGCCUUCGAGAUGGAGGAUGAGGAGGUGGACAGUAAGGCCCACCUACACGGAUUGGGGGGCCUGGCCUCCUGACCUCACAUCCACCCUCCGCCCAUUGUGCUCCCGGUUUGCAGUAAGGAAGAGGGAAUCCGAAGGAGAGGGACCUCCCUUCCCUACCCCUGAGCCCUGGCUCAUUCACCUUCUCCUUUACCCGCCCCUAGACCCCCGAUGCUGGUUAGGAACGUCUCACCCCAACACGUGUCUUAAGUAAGGCAGGACAAGGCGGAGGACUCUUGGCCAGAAGGACAGAGACUAAUGGGUUUGUCCCAGCCUGCCCAUCCCUAUUUCAAACACUGGACACCAUCACCUCUUUGGAACUGCCAGACCCUGGGGGUUCCCAGUGCAAACGGUCUGCCCCCCACCCCCUGUCUCUGUGAAUAAAUGUGACUUCGUGCAA